AGAGAGGCUUCCUGGGCUUUGAAAACUCACGGCCAGAACCUCGAGACCAAGGGUGGGGGGAGCAGGCGUUGCAGUCGGUUCUCGGGGUUCAGCAGGAGCGGAUUUGGUGUAGAAACUCGGUGUCUGGGUGAUGUGUCUGGGUGUGCGAAGCCCUUCCGGAGGCGAGGCCCGGAGAGAGGAGGGAGUGAUUCAUAAACUCAGAGCCGGCGUGCCAGGGUCUGUGAGCAAAGGGGAAGAGGCUGGUAGGCCUUUGCUGCGCUAGACAGCAGGAUGGUGGCGGUGACAGUCUUCCAGGGAAGAAGGGUCCGUACCCUUCCCCCCAGCGGAUGUGUUACCUCCAGGACAUCCAGGGGAACUGAAUGAGGAGAUUCCAGCCCUGGGUGUGGACGGGGGAAAGGGAGGUGGGCGGAUUUAAGCCUAAAAGGACGAGGGUGUCCCCCACCUGAAGACGACAAGCCAGGUCCUGAGUGAUGCCCCUGAGCUGAGUGUCCAAGGCCAGCCUGAGACGCCCCCUGUCUUUCCCCAUGGAGAAAGGACUCACUUUGCCCCAGGACUGUCGGGACUUUGUGCACAGCCUGAAGAUGAGGAGCAAAUAUGCCCUUUUCUUGAUUUUCGUGGUGAUAGUUUUUGUCUUCAUUGAAAAGGAAAAUAAAAUCAUAUCAAGGGUCUCAGACAGGCUGAAGCAGAUCCCCCAAGCCCUGGCAGAUGCCAACAGCACCGACCCAGCCCUGGUCUUGGCUGAGAACGCAUCUCUCUUGUCCCUGAGCGAGCUAGAUUCAGCCUUCUCCCAGCUGAAGAGCCGUCUCCACAACCUAAGCCUGCAGCUGGGCGUGGAGCCAGCAGUGGAGGCCGCUGGGGAGGAAGAGGAGGAGGAGCCGCCCAGACCGGCCGCGGCGGGGCCCCGGCGCCACGUGCUGCUCAUGGCCACCACGCGCACCGGCUCCUCGUUCGUGGGCGAGUUCUUCAACCAGCAGGGCAACAUCUUCUACCUCUUCGAGCCGCUGUGGCACAUCGAGCGCACGGUGUCCUUCGAGCCGGGGGGCGCCAACGCCGCGGGCUCGGCCCUGGUGUACCGCGACGUGCUCAAGCAGCUCUUCCUGUGCGACCUGUACGUGCUGGAGCCCUUCAUCACGCCGCUGCCCGAGGACCACCUGACCCAGUUCAUGUUCCGCCGCGGCUCCAGCCGCUCCCUGUGCGAGGACCCCGUCUGCACGCCCUUCGUCAAGAAGGUCUUCGAGAAGUACCACUGCAAGAACCGCCGCUGCGGCCCCCUCAACGUGACACUGGCCGCCGAGGCCUGCCGCCGCAAGGACCAUAUGGCCCUCAAGGCCGUGCGCAUGAGGCAGCUGGAGUUCCUGCAGCCGCUGGCCGAGGACCCCCGCCUGGACCUGCGCGUCAUCCAGCUGGUGCGAGACCCCCGCGCCGUGCUGGCCUCGCGCAUGGUAGCCUUCGCCGGCAAGUACAAGACCUGGAAGAAGUGGCUGGAUGACGAGGGCCAAGACCAGCUGAGGGAGGAGGAGGUGCAGCGGCUGCGGGGCAACUGCGAGAGCAUCCGCCUGUCCGCCGAGCUGGGGCUGCGGCAGCCCGCGUGGCUGCGGGGCCGCUACAUGCUGGUGCGCUACGAGGACGUGGCGCGCAGGCCGCUGCAGAAGGCCCGCGAGAUGUACCGCUUUGCUGGCAUCCCCCUGACCCCGCAGGUGGAGGACUGGAUCCAGAAGAACACGCAGGCGGCCCACGACGGCAGCGGCAUCUACUCCACGCAGAAGAACUCCUCGGAGCAGUUCGAGAAGUGGCGCUUCAGCAUGCCCUUCAAGCUAGCCCAGGUGGUACAGGCCGCCUGCGGCACCGCCAUGCGCCUCUUCGGCUACAAACUGGCAGAGGACGCUGCCGCCCUCACCAACCGCUCGCUCAGCCUGCUGGAGGAGCAGGGCACCUUCUGGGUCACGUAGUGGGGGCCGGGGCCCGGUGUGCCCCUCCUGGUGAAAGGCCUGCCCCGCCUUUUUGCCGCAGCCCUCGCAGACGGCGGGUGCGCAGCGUGGUGAGCAGGGAGCGUCUCCUGUAGCAGUAGGGCCCCCAGCCAGCGCUCCCACCGCAGCGGCGGCCCCAGGGUUAAUCGUGGAGAACAUGACAGUGCCCCAACCCCUUGAGGGCCAUCACACCCAGACCCAAGGGGCUGCAGCCUCCAGAGCAGACCCAGGCAGGCCCGGGCCUGUUGGCAAGCUUCAAUCUCACACACACAGAAACACAUUCGUGCCUGGAGACCCUGCAGGCCAGAGUCCAAAUAUUUAAUAACCAGAAGGAGCAAGGCUCUGACCAGUGGCAGUCAGACCUCCUGCUUUAUUUGAUGUUAACCAUUUCUUUUCUGGAUGGUGAAGUCUGAAAUCUAGGUGGAUCCUUGGAGGAGGGGCCAGGACAGCCCAGGGUGUCAAAGGUGGCAUUUGAGGCUCAUUUGAGGUGACAGUGGCUGUUUACCAACCAGUACAGGGCGAGUCAGCAUUUUCAUGAAUGGGGUGGCUGUGCUGGUUACUGAUGAAUCAGGGCCCCAUAUAGGGCUGCAAAGCACACACAUGCGUAUAGACAUACACGCAUGUAUACCACACGCGGACAAGCAUCAUAAAGGCACAAGUGUACACACAUCUAUGCAGACAAGCUUCCUCGCUGCUUAUGCUCACAGGGUUUUUCUGUAUCACACACCUCAGAGGAGCCUGUGAUUGCAUUUCUAGGAUUAUUUGGAAAGCAGGGCAGGGGAAGGAAACACGUUAGAGGACCAUGAUGUGACACGGUUCCCAGCUAAGUUUGGUACUGAACAGUGGACUCAGAACUGCAGCGUUCAAAGCCCCUGCCCACCUUAGAUUCUCGUGGCUACCUCCUCUGACCCAUCCACAUCCUUGCAGCUGGCAGGCAGGAUGUUUUGAAAUGGUGCAGCCAAAGGCCCCGUCCAGCUUGGCUGGCUCCCGAACGUGUCCAUAUUUGAAGGCUGCCUCAGGCCUGGCAGGCAGAAGCAGCUGUGGUCCCUGGAGGCAAAAGGCAGCUCACCGGGCUUUCCGUUUCCAGCCAGGCCUCACGUGGGGCAAGGCCAAGAGGAAAGUACAGAGUGCCCUUGGGGGAAAAGUCCCACUGGGAUGCACCUCUUCCCUGAGAAGCCCACCUUCUCCCUCGUGGACAGAGGUCACCAGCUGGUCCCCGUGGUUACAGCCAGUGCCUGAAAUUCCUCCUUAGGGCUCUGGGAAGAGUAUUGCUCAAUGAAGGAUGUGCUGGGUGUUUCAUUUGGGGUUUUUAACUUAUUUAUGGCUUGGUGUCUUUCCUGUUUGAUGUUUGGCUUUUGUUUUGUCUCUCCCAAGCAGUGGAGGCCUGAGAGCCUGAGGGAGGCUGGGGAAAACCAGCAGGGAGCACUUGACUCCUGGCAGAGGGAGAGGACAGGAGGAGGAGCCUUCCCAUGAGGAGCAAGGAGAGGUGGGCACAUGGCAGGCCACAGUGCCCUACGGGCUUUUCUGUUUGAACCCCAUGUGGGAUGAAUCUCAAAGCCAGCAGUGUUCUUGCCUCAUGUCCAGAAGCAGUGGAGAUUCGCAGCCCUCGCCUCUUCUCCCUGAGACGAAGCUGGAUUUGAAAAUCUCUCCCACACUCAUGUUUCCUGGGUGGGCAGGGGCUCAGGACCAAGCAGCAAGUGUACCCAGAGCAGAAGCCCAUCCCGACUCUCACCGAAAACCCAGGAGCAGAACUCAGUAUCCAGAGCUUACAGGGGCUGCAAGGGUUUGCUGAAGGCUGCCCAUCUCUGUUUCUGGUUUCCUGGACAACUUCUGUGUCAGAUUAUGCCCAUUGUAAACCCAGAGGGCUACAUUUUGGGUUGAGUAAUACGGACACUGGGGAAGCACAGGAUCUGAGUCCAGCAUUGCUGUGGAGGAGGGAAGAGUGUGUCCUGGCAGGAAGCCACCAUUUGAGAAAGCAAGGCUGGUAUCUGUUCCAUGAGAUUCACUAUAAUCAGCCCGUUAGAGCUGCUGGGUCUCUGUCACUGUGGACUCCAGUCAUUUAAGGAGGUCUCCACUCUAGGGUUUUGUUUUUUUUUUUUCUUUUGCUAUUUUGCCUGAACAUCCCAAUCCUCUUGGAUUUAGAAUCCAAGAGUAAGCUGUGCAGAGAUAUGGUUCUAAUUUAGACUUCAAAGGAACACCAGCUCUGAAAACGUGACCGUGGGGCCAGGAUGUUUCUGGCAGGCCCAGAAGUGCUGGCCGUUCUUCCCCAGCCUCCCGCCUGCUCCCUCCUCUGUUCCCCACGUGGAGGAGGGGGGUGCUGGGACUGGGGAGGGGCAGCCACCUCCAUCUGAGGCUCUUCCUUAGGGCCCUGCUAGUGUGGACGGCAGAGUUUAUCCCUCCUUCUUACUCUGGGCCAAAGCCUCCCAUGCUGCUCUCUGAGGAUGGUACCAAGAAUGGGCCUUUGGGACUUCUCAGGACGUUGACACGUGCACACUGCAAGUUGACUUUAUUUAUUUAUUUUGUGAAAAGAAGAGACAGAAGAUACCUUUUUAUCUGCAGGGACUCAAAGCUGUACCCAAAUCAAGAAAGACAAAAUAAUAAUAGAAACCAUUCACACACUCCGUUCACGCAAGGACACCAGAAGACGAUUCAGAACACAAGAGAAUAAGCCCGAGCUGCAGCACCACAAUGGCCCCUGGACAUUGUUUAAGAUCUGAGAUCAUGGCCUGACGCCGUGGUUCACGGUGGCGGAUUGCCUGAGCUCAGGAGUUUGAGACCAGCCUGGGUA